AGCCAAGCAAUCACGAGACACCCCUGAAAUCUCUGCUUUGAAUUCAUCUUUCUACUGCUAAACAACCUAAUCCUCUCACCAUAUUUGAAAAAAGCCGUGAAAAUCUGCACUCUCCUCUCGCUUUCGGGGGGAAAAAGGGAGGAAAAUUUUUUUUCAUUUUCAUGAUUUUUUUUUUUUCAUUUUUUUUCAUUUUCUGUUCAUUUCAUUGCAAUUCUUGGAGUUCAUGAAACCCGAUAGAUUAGUCUGUGUGUGAAUUUUUUUCUCUCUUGUUUUUUCAUGGUUAUGGUUUUGAAAAUCCAUGCAAAACGGCGUCGUUUUCUGGGUUGUCAUCUAGAAAUGGAGAGGUGUUGGGAGGUUUAUCUGUGGGUGGAUUUUGAUUGGGUGUGCUUGGUUUUGUGAUUGUUUGGAUUGAUUCAUGAAAACCCAUCUCCCUUUUCCAUUUUUCUUCAGAACCCAUGUUUUUGAAUCAGUUCAUGCACUUUCUGAAAUCAAUUCACACAUUCAGAAGAAGAACUCCUCUUGACGGCGUUUGAGGGCAGAGGACUUCUCAAGGUAGAGAAGUCCAAUUCAGGAGCAGAGCUUCAAUGGCGACCUCGUUUUUCCACCGUUUUCGCCUUCGAAAACCGAAGAGCAAACCGCAACCAUUCCCUUCCACGUCGAAAACCAAGUCGAAUUCUGAUAUGGACAUCAUGGAGAGGAGGAGAUUUGACAGCUUGGAAUCAUGGUCCAUGAUACUGGAUUCUGAAAAUUUGGACAACUGGGAGGUUUCAAAGGACGAUCAGGAGGAAUGGACUGCUGAUCUUUCCCAGCUCUUCAUCGGAAACAAGUUCGCUUCCGGGGCGCACAGUAGAAUUUACAGAGGAAUUUACAAGCAGAGAGCAGUUGCCGUGAAAAUGGUGAGGAUUCCAAACCAAAAUGAGGAGACCAGAGCUUUGCUUGAACAGCAAUUCAAGUCUGAAGUCGCCUUGCUUUCUCGCCUUUUUCAUCCCAAUAUAGUUCAGUUCAUUGCAGCCUGUCAAAAGCCCCCUGUCUACUGUAUAAUAACAGAAUACAUGUCACAAGGGACUCUUAGGAUGUAUCUCAACAAGAAAGAGCCAUACUCACUUUCAACAGAAACAAUACUGAGGUUAGCCCUUGACAUAUCCCGGGGAAUGGAGUACCUUCAUUCACAAGGGGUGAUCCAUAGAGACCUCAAGUCAAAUAACUUGCUUCUCAAUGAUGAAAUGAGGGUUAAGGUGGCUGAUUUUGGUACAUCUUGUUUGGAAACACAAUGUCGGGAAACGAAAGGAAACACGGGGACUUACCGGUGGAUGGCCCCUGAGAUGAUCAAGGAGAAGCCCUGCACUAGAAAAGUUGAUGUGUAUAGUUUUGGGAUUGUGCUGUGGGAGCUCACUACAGCUCUGCUCCCAUUUCAAGGAAUGACCCCUGUGCAGGCUGCAUUUGCUGUCUCUGAGAAGAAUGCUCGGCCACCAUUGCCUGCUAGUUGCCAGCCAGCACUUGCACACCUCAUAAAGCGCUGCUGGGCGGCCAACCCCUCAAAGCGGCCUGAUUUCAGCUCCAUUGUUUCCGCCUUGGAGAAGUACGACGAGUGUGUCAAGGAGGGCCUCCCCCUCACUUCCCACUCAGGACUAGUGAACCGCAACGCCAUUCUUGAACGCUUGAAAGGCUGUGUCGCCAUGAGCUCAUCAAUACCUGUACAUGCCUGAUCCCAAUGGAAGGUAUGCAUCAUCCCCUAAUCCUUCAGGCCACAUUGUAAUCUGUCCAUACUUGUUCUCCUCAACCAUCUAAUGUAACCGUACCCCAGGAAUCUAAGACUGGUGGCAUUUCAAUACGGUACAGCAGAUGAAUCCAUAAAUCCCCUAAAGCUAAUCCUAACUGUUUGAUAUUUGGUAGAAACUGUGAUGCAUGUAAAGAAAGUUCUUACAGAUUGCUAUAUGCCAUAGCAGACCAUGUUGAUGAAUUCCUCAUUGUAGUUGUCCUAAUGUAUAAACAGAUAAGCCGAUAAACCCCAUGUUCCUAAUGUUCUAUUGAUUCAGUAAAGGAUGUGUUAUUUUAGACUUAA